AUGGAAAGUCGUACGACAUUGCUUCUGAUGUGCUUGACUCUAUCAGGGCUAGUCUAUCAAGUGAUUUCAAUCGGAAAAUUCAUCAGGUGUUGUGACGCUAAUAAGGGCCCAGAACAGCAGUUGGGAUGUGUUGGCGAUAAUUUUCAUGUGGCAAACUGUUUGGGGAAAAAUGUUGAACUUACUUGCGAGAAAGUUGAUUUUCUCGGUAAUCAGGCAAAGUGUCCCAACGACACGAGACAGUAUGCCUUCCCAGACAAGAGUCGUUGUGAAGGCACCAAAACUCCAAGAUGCGUAGAUAUCUCGGGACCAAAUACCAUCAAAGAUUUACCAGUUGUUCAAGAACCGAUUGGAAAGUUCAUCAGGUGUUGUGACGCUAACCAGGGAACGAAGAGACAAAUAGGAUGUGUCGGCGAUAAUUUUCAUGUUGCAAACUGUCAAGGUAAAAAUGUUGAACUUACUUGCCUAGGAGUCGAUUUUGUCGGUAAUCAGGCCAAGUGUCCCAAUGACACGAGAAAGUUCGCCUUUCCAGACAAAAGUCGAUGUGAAGGCACCAAAACUCCUAGAUGCGUAGAUAUUUCAGGACCGAAUACCAUUCAAGAUUUACCAGUGGUACAAGAGCCAAUUGGCAAGUUCAUCAGGUGUUGUGACGCUAACCAGGGUACCAAACGGCAAUUGGGAUGCGAAGGCGAAAAUUUUACAAAGGCGACUUGUGGAGGCAAAGAGGUGGAAUUGACUUGCAUGGGUGUCGAUUAUAUUGGAAACCAGGCUAGGUGUCCUGAUGACAAUAGAAAGUUCCCCUUUCCCGAAAAGCAUCAAUGUAAAGAUAAGAAGACACCCAGAUGUGUUGAUAUUUCUGGCAGUGGAAAUACAACCAAAACUCCUGAUCCAACCACUUAA